AUGAGCGCGCCUCCGCCCGGCCUGCCCAACGGUCAGAAUCCGAAUGGCCAGCAACCUCCUCAGCCAGCGCAGCCUGGCCAGCCUCGACCCCCUCCGAUCAAGCGAAGACCUCGCGGUGACCCCCUUGUUGCACGCAAGCGACCCGGAGCUCUGCGACCGCCUGCCCCGCGUCCCCCGCUGGGAGCUAGACCGUCACCUGGCGCAGCGGGUCACCAUGGCCUCCAGCGACCCGAGACCGAAGACGAUAUCAAGGCUAGACGAGCCGCAAACGGUGGCUGGCUUGACCCUGCGCCCCAGAAUGUGAGGGAGUUCAAGAUAGUAACGACGAAGAAGGCGUUGAGAGACGGUGUCCGCCACCACGUCAUGAAACUGUCGUCCGCCAAAGCCGAUCUCGAAAAGAGAGGCAUCGAUCCUACAAACCAGGAGGAGUUCACGCGGCCAGUCACCCUUCAACGACGCGACCCGCGACAACCGCCCCCGGGUCGCGAAGUGAAGCAGGAACAAGCCGAGCCGCAGCCACUUGACGAAAAGGAGGCGGAACGACUGGCACAAAUCAAGGCCGAUCGUGAAGCUGUUCGGGCUAUUGAGCUAGCGAAGAGCGCACCCAGUCUGAAAGACCCCAAUGCUGAUAAGAAACCAAAGCCAAAGGAGAAGGAGAAAGAUGUUCAAUUCCAUCGACAGCCUAGGUCGGAGAAAGAGAAAAAGCAACAGGAGCUACGAUAUGAGGAGGCACUUCCUUGGCAUCUGGAAGAUGCCGAUGGCAAAAAUGUCUGGGUGGGAUCGUAUGUUGCCCCAUUGUCCGAGACCACAGUCUGCUUCGUCGCUACUCGUGAUGGCAAGUUUGCUGCUAUCCCGUUGGAAAAAUGGUACAAGUUCACCGCCAAACCUCAUUUCAACACCAUGAGACUCGAAGAAGCCGAGGCUUUGAUGAGCAAGAAGACGGACGUUGGGCGAUGGUACAUGCGAGACAAGCAGAAGAAGAGCGAACAAGAAGAGUGGGAGGCCACCAGACACGCCCUCUAUGGCCCCGCCAAAAUCAAGACGGAGAGCAGUACCUUUAGGGCGGCUUCCAGGGAAGAGAAGAUGGACCACGAUCAGAUUGAUAUGGAGGGCGACGAGUUCCAGGAUGACGAUGAGAAUCCUGGCCUGGAGCAGGAUAACGAUGAGGAAUACAAGGAAGCAAACGAUCGCAUUCGUCGCGAUCAGCUUGGAGCCAACUUGUUCGGCGAGGCCGACGAACGUCGAGUCGAAAAGGAAAUGGACGAGUUGAGAAAGGCCGAGGAGGAGCGUCGCAAGGAGGGCAAGAAGACCCAGAAGGCUCUGAUCAAGCGAGAAAAAGAGACUAUCUACCAGUCUGAUUCAAGCGGCUAUGAUCCUUUCGAGUCGUCAUCAAGCGACGAUGACUCGGAUGAGGAGAAGCAGAAGGAAGAAAACAAGGAUAAGGAGAAAGAUGAUGAGAACAAGGACAAAGAUAAGGAUGCAGACGGGAAGGAUAAGACAGCAUCGGGCGUCUCAUCCAAGGGUAACACAACCCCGUCUGGCCGACAGAAGCACACAGACGCUCUCAAGAAGGGCAAGUCCCUGAAGCGCCCUGGCUCUCCUAAUCUAUCCGAGUCCAGCGGCAAUGAAUCAUCGCGAAAGAAACUCAAGAAGCACGCUGCAACCUCAGUCCAUCAAAGUCGCUCGUCAACGCCUUCGGCCGGUCUGAAGAACAACUUGGGCAAGGGUGCCAUGAGCGACGGAGAAGCGACCGGAGGAGAGAUGUCGGAUGGUCAGUUGAGAAAGAAGAAGAUCAAGCUUGUCGGCAGUGGAGCGAGAGGCACACCUGUCGGCUCGAGGGCCGGUAGUCCCAUGCCCGCAACAUCUGGUUCCAAGCCUGGUUCGCCUCUGCCAGAGGGUUCCCCGGCUCCCCGUGCUGGGUCUCCCAAUGGUCCUAUUGAGGCUUGGGAGAUUGUGGACGCCUUGCCCGAGUUGCCCGGUGGCAUCAGUAUCGGCAAUCUCAUGAGGAGAUUCCAAGGCCGUAUCGGUGACGGCCCUGGCCAAAUGGAUCGCAAGGAUUGGAUCAAGCUCGUCAAAGAAAAUUGCGCAUAUGGGCCUGACAAGAUUCUACGUCGCAAGCCGACCUAG